AUGCCUUAUUGGCUUGUUUUGCUUGUGCUUACAAACUACCCUUUCCUCAUUCUUCGUGCCCAUUGCGUUUCUUUGGGAACACUGCUGUGGCACCAGAACUCUGCACCAUCACCCCAACCUUGUCUUCACCCCUCGAACUGCAUCUACAAUAGUUGUUGGACGGUGUUUUUUUUUUUUCGUGAAACAAUGAAGAAGAGCAAGACAAGGAAGGAGGAUAUUGCUGAGGACUGGUGUUUUGCAUGCAAGGAUGGAGGGUUAUUAAUGGUCUGUGAUCAUAGGGAUUGCCGGAAAGCUUAUCAUCCUCGUUGCGUAGAUAAAGAUGAUUCUUUUUUGGAGAAUGGAAGUAAAUGGACUUGUAGUUCACAUUUUUGCUCCCUUUGCCAUAAAGCGUCUAAGUUUAAGUGCUUUUUCUGCCCAACAGCUGUUUGUGGGAAUUGUAUGUAUGAUGCUGAAUUUGCUACUGUCAAAGGGAACAAAGGACUUUGUAGUCACUGCUCAAAACUUGCAUUUCUAAUAGAAGAUGAUGCUGAUAUUGAUUCUGAUGGGGAAUUGGUAGAUUUCAAAGAUCGAGAUACAUAUGAAUGCUUUUUUUCAGAGUAUUAUGAAAUCAUCAAAGAAGAAGAAGGGCUGACUUCUGAACAUGUAUACUGUGCACAUAGAUUCUUUAAGAAUGGUAAAAGCAACUGUGAUUUGGAUCCAGACGAAAUAGGCGUAGGGGAGGAUGAUACUGGUGAUUCUGAAGAUGUGAGUAACUUUAUAGUUUCUGAUGAUGACCAGAAUGACACAGCUGGAUCAAAGUCAGAGAGGAAAAAGAAUGGCUUGGGAAAGUUGAAAUCAAUGAAAGGAAAUGUGAAGGAUAAGAAAAAGGAGUUUAUUGGUUGGGGUUCAAGAAGUCUCGUAGAAUUUCUUGAAUAUAUCGGUAAAGACACAAGCGAUGAAUUUUCUGAACAUGAUGUUACUUCAAUCAUUAUUGAUUACUGCAGAGAAAACAAACUUUUUGACCCUAAGAAAAAGAGAAAGAUACAUUGUGAUGCACAACUGAGAUCUUUACUGGGAAGGAAAUCAGUAAAUAGAAACAACAUGCAAAAUCUUCUUGCACCACACUUUGCUGAGAAUUUUGAUGAUAUGGAUAAUAUCAGUAGUAGUUCUGAAGAUAGGGACUACAAUGAGGCAUCCAAUGUUUCAAGAAAGAGAAAAUCGGUUUCAUGUUCGAAAUCUCAUAAUCUGAACCUAGUUUCCGAAGAGCAUCAGAGCUGUCUUGCAGCCAUAGUUAGUUCGAACCUCAAGCUUGUCUACUUGAAGAGGAGUUUAGUGGUUGAACUUUCAAAGCAACCACAAACUUUUGAUGGCAAGGUUCUAGGAAGUUAUGUAAGAGUCAAAGCUGACCCGUACGACUAUUUACAGAAGAAUUCACAUCUUCUUGUGCAAGUUGUAGGAGUAGACAGAUGUUCGAAGGAUGAUGAAAUAAACAAGGAAAUUAUGCUUCAGCUCUCCAAUGUGCCGAAAAAUGUACCUAUCUCCAAAUUAUCAGAUGAUGACUUUUCUGAGGAAGAAUGUCAAGAUUUAUAUCACAGAAUGAGAAACGGUCUGCUCAAACAGCCUACUGUGGUUAGUUUGCUGUAUCAAAAACUGAAGCUUGAGACACAUGUGGAGCAAUCACGUCUAUUAAAUGACAUGCCAAAAGUAAUUCCUGAAAUAGUUGAUACCACGCGAUCCCCAGACGGUUCCCCAAUAAGAGAUAAGUUUGAGCAAAAUGGCUUGUCAGAAUUAUCCAGUGGACAGACUUGUAACUCUGUUGGACACUAUUCCAAACACAGUGGUUUUGCUCAUUGUCUAAACAGUAGAUCAGAUGUUGCAGACAAAUAG